AUAGGUCUCUGCCUUUCUGUGAUUUGGUGGAAUAGCUGCCAGAAAUGGAAAUGGCCGCUGCGUUCUCCCACCGCAGUUCUUUUACUUAUUUCAACUCCAAAAGCUUCAAUCCGGAUUCACUUCGACCGUUGAUCGUUUCCCCGUUUCAUCCCAACCGUCCGUGUCUCCCCGUACGCCUCCGUUCCAGUUCUAAUACGAGCCAGCCACGUUGCCACUCCGCCGGCCCCGGCCCAGCUUCCUCGCCUGACUCCGACCCUCCUCGCCCCCCAGGGUUUGCUGGAAAGUUAUCUAGAUUUCAAGAUCGCGCACAGAUCUUCCUUGCUGUUCUUUUCUGGAUGUCUCUGUUCUUCUGGGCCUCUGCAUGGGAUCGGAAUAAUUCUGGUAGACCAGACAAAGGAUCUCGAUUUAGAAGAUAACCUAGUAAGAAUUUGAUUCUGUAUAUAUAUAUAUAUAUAUGAGACUUAGAUAGAGUAGUACUAGAAAUACAUGAAGGAAACUCAAAUAUAGAUAUCGAGCAUGUACUUUAUUUUCUUUCAUUUCCAAUUGGUUUAGUUAUGUUAGAAAAACACUUUUGUGUAACAUCUUGGUGAAUCAAUGAUUUCUUUCACCUUAUAAGAAGAAAAUAAAGGUGAGAUGCCA